CCUGGCAGGCUGCUCGGGAGAUGCCGCUGGACACUCGCGGCCGGCUGCCUGUCCGGCAGUGAUGCCCCGGGGGGAGCGCAGGGCCCCCCGCUGACCCCUCUUCUGGUGGCAGAGCCUGCACAGUGACCCACCGCCAACAUGGACAUCGGUGGCCUCGAGACCAUGCAGGGCUAAUAAUGGCCCUACGUAUUUCCUCGAACUGGACGGUAGCUGCGUGAGCUCCGGCCGGGACCGGCGGAUGCGGGCGAAACUGAAGCUCGCUCACAUCUCCAAGUGUGAACACCUGAAGGAUUCCUUGGACCUGGGCUUCAACUACAUCUGCGUGAGGCAGCCCAUCGGCAAGAAGCUCUUCCAGCAGUUCCUCGAGGAGACCACCGAGUUCAAGGCGGCGGGCAACCUGUGGCUGGACAUGGAGGACUACGGCCAGGCGGAGGCAUCUGAGCGGCCCCAGAAGGCCCAGCAGAGCAUCAACAAGUACUUUGACUCGGCCUCCAAGGACUUCUGCUCCUUCCUGGAGGAGAAGGCCAUCAUGAGGGUGAAGGAGGACGCCAAGCACGGGCACGGCGACCUCUUCAAGGAGUCCGAGCAGCAUCUGCUGAAGUUCCUGGAGGAGAAGGCCUUCGGCAAGUACAAGGAGAGCCUCUGCUUCCUUCGCUUCCUCCAGUUCAAGUGGCUGGAGGCCGAGAGCGUGACGGACGAGUGGUUCCUGGACUUCCGGGUGCUGGGGAAAGGGGGCUUCGGGGAGGUGUGCGCCUGCCAGAUGCGGGCCACGGGCAAGAUGUACGCCAACAAGCGGCUCAACAAGAAACGGCUCAAGAAGCGGCAGGGCUACGAGGGUGCAAUUAUAGAGCAGCGGAUCCUGGCCAAGGUCCACAGCCGCUUCAUCGUCACGUUGGCGUACGCCUUCCAGACCAAGAACGACCUCUGCCUCGUCAUGACGUUGAUGAACGGGGGAGACCUCAGGUACCACAUGUACAAUGUAGAUGAGGACAACCCCGGCUUUGAGGAGCCCCGGGCCAUGUUCUAUUCGGCCCAGAUUAUCUGUGGCCUGGAGCAUCUUCACCAGAACCGCAUCGUCUACCGGGACCUCAAGCCGGAGAACGUCUUGCUGGAUGAUGCAGGGCAUGUUCGUCUUUCGGAUUUAGGCUUGGCUAUAGAAAUCCCAGAAGGCCAAGACAAGACCAAAGGGUUUGCAGGCACACCAGGAUUUACAGCCCCGGAGCUCCUGAAAGGGGUGGAGUAUGAUUACAGCGUGGACUACUUCACUUUGGGAGUAACUCUGUAUGAAAUGAUCGCAGCAAAAGGAGCUUUCCGGAGCAGGGGGGAGAAGGUAGAGAACAAGGAAGUGACCCGCCGUAUCCUCAACGACCCUGUGGCGUACACUGAAAAGUUCAGUGCCGACUGCAAAGCCUGCUGCGAGGGGCUGAUGGCCAAAGAACCCGCCCAGCGCCUGGGCUUCAAAAACAACACCUGCUCCGAACUUAAGAACCACGUCUUUUUCAAAAAAAUGAACUGGAACAGACUUGAGGCAGGUUUGCUGGAGCCGCCCUUCGUGCCAGACCCCAAGGUGGUCUAUGCCAAGGACAUUAGCGACGUGGGUGCCUUUUCCACCGUGAAGGGCGUCGCACUGGACGACUCGGACAAGGCGUUUUACGACGAGUUCUCGACGGGGAACGUCCCCAUCCCGUGGCAGGAAGAGAUGGUCGAGAUGGGUAUCUUCGACGAGCUGAACGUCUGGGGGGCCAAAGGCUCCGUCCCGCCGGACCUGAACCGCAACAGCGUUCCUGACGCCCCCAAAUCGGGGACUUGCAGUAUCUGCUGAAGAAGCGUGGCAAAGACCUCCCCGAGAGUCCUGGGGUGUCUGUGGGACUGGAUCGCUGGCCUGGCCUUUGCAGAAUGGGUGGGCCGUUCCUUGGGCCCUGAGCUGCUGCGAUGGAGCCCUGGGGUUCUGGCCCCUUCCCCUAAGAGAGUAGACGCCACGUCCCUCCCGGAACUAACACCAGCCUCCGUGUUCAGUCCCGUUCUUUGUUCCUUCACGUCCACCCCUUCUUCCACUGGUGGCGGGGAGUGGAGUUAGGAGGCUUCCUGCCCUCCCCAACAGAGCAGCUCUGUUUGUUAUUACCCAACCAGCUUUCGAGUCCCAGAGGAAGCGUCCGACCGAAGGCAAGGAUGCUGGAGCCCAGAUUCUGCCUCUAGCCUGGGGGCCGGUAAGGCAGAGCUCCGGGCCAGAGCGUCAGGGGGAAGGAGAUGCCAAAAGGAGCCCCGUUACGUGGCCAGCUUCACACUGGAGCUCGUCGGCCAGGCUGAGAAACCUGCAGGCGUCUAUCCUCUUGGCGGUGUUUUAAUAUCGAGAGCAAUUUUAUUACUCUCUCUAAUUAAUUUUCCUCUCCCAGCCUCACCCCUAGGGAGACAGAUACGGAGGGCUGGAAUGCCAGCCCAGGCCGGCCAAGGGCCAGAAGUGUGGAGUCUAGGGUCAGGGCUUAUGUGUGGGGAGGACGGGGGUUGCUCUGAGUAGGGUGGCCAACUACACGUUGGGAAAUUUCUAGAGAUAUGGAGGUGGAGUUUGGAGAGGGUAGGGAGGCAAUUCAGGGGAGGGGAGGCAAUUCAGCAGGGGAGGCAAUGUCACACAGUCUGCUCUCCGAAGCCGCCGUUUCCUUGCUACGCCUCCCGGGGUUUGUUCGCCAGUUCCAGAGUGGCUUUCAGGCUGUGCUGGACCCCAGAAACAACCACACCAGAGGCCGGCGCAAAUGCAGAGAACAAUCUUUAUUUUGGGGGGUGGGAUUGAAACCCCCCCCCCAAUGUAUUUUUUAACGAUGUUAGUUUUUUCUGCAAAUCUGGGGGGGUACCCCAGGUUGGCGGGAAAAACCUGUCUCGUGUCAGAGUGGCCCUGAGCUGCAGAUUUAGAUAUCCGCAAGUGGGGCCCACACAUCGCCGUUAGAUACGUAGGUUCUGGGAUAGCUCCUGGCCCACCUCCCAGAUUCCUGGCGGGGGUGGGGUUGUAGAUUCAACAGUCUUCCCUCGAGAAGGAGGUAGGGCUAGCCAUUCCCCUUCGCGUGAAGUGCAGAUUUAAAUCCCGUAAGAAUAAACAGGGAUAUGUUGCUGUAUCUG